UGAAAAGACUAAAAGCCACCGGUGUGAUUGGCCGGUGACUGGACUAAACCCGCCUCGGGGCUUUUGCCGACGCGGCGUCCCUACUAAAAAUUUCAGACUCCUCAGCCCGUUUCGCACCCUUGAUGCGGAAAUUUCUGCCCGCCCCUCGUAUUUUAUAUAAGCACGCUUUUCGCAUAUCACCUCGUUUGGAUCGGUCCCGAGAUCUGUUCUCGACCUGCUCACUGUGGCCCUAUUGGUUUCUUCUCGGUUUGCUGUCCAGCAGCCCGUGUCAAUUUCGCCGAAACCAAUUCGGACGUCAACGUCGCUGGUCGAAUCUUGCGGUGAACCGUGAGAACUCUGUGCAGGAGUUCUCUCCGUCAACGCGCUUUCCCUCACACUUUCGGAGCGACGGCGCUCCUGUCCCUUCACUCAGUCAAGUUGGCGGGGCUUCGCUACAACCAGUCCUCUCUCCUCCACCCUCUUCUGGGCCCCAAGUUCAGGGUCUUCUGCGGGGGCGACACCAGACCCCCCUAAUAGAACUACUCCCAGCAGUCUCGAAGCUGGCACACGGACGCGCAUCGGUAAUGCCAGGCCCUUGCGAGGGGUCUGGCUAAUGGAUGGAGGAGCAAGCGCCCUGGGACCUUUCUCAUCCUGAGUACGACUUCCGACGUCGCGCUCUUCAACGCAGCUAAAAUAUUGAAAAAAAG